UGUUCAGUUCACAUCGCCGGCUUCGGCGCUUCGCCUCUCUGUAAACAUGCUCGCAACUGCACAGCACAAAGCUUUCAACUACACACACCUCGUCGUGGCCCCACCCACCCCUCUUGCAUGAAUAAAACCAGCCUGUCCAGGCCAUAGCUGUGAAGACAAACAUUGCGCCAUCACAUUCUCAAGAAGAGGAGAAGGAGAGAUCUGGAGAAGAAGAGGUAGGAGGCCAUUGCCACCUGACCUUCUCCUCUUCCUCCAUUCAUCUUCUCUUUCUUGGGACAUGGCGACCAUCCUGGAGAACAUCCAGAAGGCGAGGUUCUUGCCGACAAGGCCGCUCAAGGACGAGCUGCCGACGUUCCAGGGCGGCGGCGGCGGCGGUGGCGGUGGGGGUGGAAAGGAGAGCCACCUGAUGGGGCUGAGGAAGAGGCUGUCCUCCUUCUCCGACAAGAUCCAGCCCAUCUCCUCCGCGUCGGCGGAGUGGGCGUUCCGGCGGUCCAAGUCGGCGCCGUCGCUGGGCGCGUUCGCCGGCGGCCCGCUGAAGCGGUGGUGGGACUGGGGCGUCGGCUGGCUCAUGUCCAAGAAGCCCGGGUUCGCCACCGACCUCGAGAUGAACGAGGAGGAGGUGGCCGCCCUCGGCCGCGGCAGCAGGGGCAGCUGGGGCCACAUCCUCUACAAGAUGCGCUCCGGCGUCCGGCGGCUCGUCACCUCGCACUCGCUGCCCACCACGCACAGGGCGGCGGCGGCGGCGUCGGCGUCGGCCCAGUGCAAGCCGGCGGCCACGUUCAACUACACCCAGAGCUUCCACAGCGGGCAAACCGCCAUGGCGUACUGAGAGCUUCUCACAUGUUCCUCCAGUGAGAAACAUGACCUUUUCUUGGUCGCCGUCUCCAUGGGAUCCAAAUGAAGAAGAAGCUCAGGGAGAUUGAUAUAAUAUAUGGUGAUGAAGAUGCAACUACGAUUACAUGUAAAAUUACACGGUAAAUUUGAUGAAUGAUGAAAAAAAAAUUGUAGCUCACUACGUGAUCUGUUUUUUGUGUAGAUCUAGUGUCCUGUAGAGGCCGAAUGUAUGUUCGUUCUUUCAAUUCUUUUUGGAGUUCGUUGGGCGAUGUAAAUGUCUCCGGUCAAAUUCCUUAUGCUUUUGCCUCCUGCAGUAAAUAAAAAGCUAAUGAAAUAUGGUGCUUGUUUAUUUGUUCU